AUGCCACCAAUUCGCACUCAAUCCUCUCGCAAUUCAACUGAGCAAGAGGAUAGAAUACUACUAGCAAUCCGGGCUAUCAAAAAUAAAGAGAUCAUCCCUAUUCGCAAGGCAGCACGCGAAUACGAAGUCCCCGAUACUACCCUCCGUCGCCGGAUCAAUGGAGAUAUAUCUCGAAGUGAAACCCGCGCAAAUUCGCAUAAAUUGACCCAAAUUGAAGAAUAUAUUGGCUUAAAAAUUUAUUCUUCCUAUGGAUGCUCGUGGAGCAGCCUCUAG